GGAUCGUGGAAGGGGGCGGGGAAGAGAAAGAGCUGCCCGGCGCAUGCGUGGUAUGUGUGGCUUGGGGAAUUCAUGUGGAGGUCAGAGUGGAAGCAGGUGUGAGUGGGUCCGGCAGAAGGAGACAUGGCUGCCAAAGUGUUUGAGUCCAUUGGCAAGUUCGGCCUGGCCUUAGCUGUUGCAGGAGGAGUGGUGAACUCUGCCUUGUAUAACGUGGAUGCUGGGCACAGAGCUGUCAUCUUUGACCGGUUCCGUGGCGUACAGGACAUUGUGGUAGGAGAAGGGACUCACUUUCUCAUCCCUUGGGUACAGAAACCCAUUAUCUUUGAUUGCCGCUCUCGACCACGUAAUGUGCCAGUGAUCACUGGUAGCAAAGAUUUACAGAACGUCAACAUUACCCUGCGCAUCCUUUUCCGGCCCGUUGCCAGCCAGCUUCCCCGCAUCUUCACCAGCAUCGGGGAGGACUAUGAUGAGCGGGUGCUACCAUCCAUCACUACAGAGAUCCUCAAGUCGGUGGUGGCUCGCUUUGAUGCUGGAGAACUGAUCACCCAGAGAGAGCUGGUCUCCAGACAGGUGAGCGAUGACCUUACAGAGCGAGCAGCGACCUUUGGGCUCAUCCUGGAUGACGUGUCCUUGAGGCACUCACGUGUGGGGAAUACCAUGAUUUGCGUUCCACCGUCUCUCAUCCUCUUCCUGUUUCGUGGGGAGGCUGCUGUGAGAAAGAAGUGGACUGGUUAAGCCAUAAGCAGAGAGCAUCACGCCCUCGAAUCCCUGAGAACCAGCUGCAUCCUUCCCUCUUGGGCUCAGUUUUCCAUCUGGCCUCUCUGGGGGCUCCGAACGGGCCAUCAUAGGACCUUGGAUGAGCACUAGUCGGAGGUGGGGGUCCUAGAUCCCACAGUCUUCUCCCCCGGGGAGGUGGUCAGUUGAGCAGGUACCGUCUGGUGCCCACGGGCUGUUUUCUGCUUGAGAUCUCCGCACCGCGGGCGACACACUGACACGCGGGCACUGUUGAGGCAGCCGAGGCUUCUGGGGGUGGGAGCUCAGUUUGGACACGGAUGUGGAGGUGAAAGGGUGUUCUGGCCUCACAGAGGCCUCCAGCUGCUGGAGCCAUUCCUGGCCUUUUCCUUCUAGUGGUGUGGGGGCCUCGCGGCAGCGCUGCCUAAACAAUCACGCUGCCUCAUCUCGCGCCCUCUCUCCCCUUAGACACAUCUGACCUUCGGGAAGGAGUUCACAGAAGCGGUAGAAGCCAAACAGGUGGCUCAGCAGGAAGCAGAGAGGGCCAGA